GUCAAAUUUAGCGAAAACCAGCAAAUUCAGAUCAAAAUUCAAAAGUAGGAAUUUCGAAAAGCUGAAAGGAAGAAGAAAACGAUGGCAACUCUAAACAUCCCCCCGGCGCUUGCUUCCCCUAGAGAUGAUGCUAUGCAACUCCACCGCGCUUUCAAGGGAUUUGGAUGCGACACCUCAGUAGUGAUUAAUAUACUGGCUCAUCGAGAUGCAACACAGCGUAUGCUCAUACAACAGGAGUACAGAACAAUAUACUCUGAGGACCUUCUUAAGCGCCUGUCUUCAGAACUCAGUGGCAAAUUGGAGAUAGCAAUUCUGCUCUGGAUGCAUGAUCUACCUGGACGUGAUGCAAUAAUUGUUAGGCAAGGUUUGCUUCCAGACAUAAGUAAUAUCGAAGCUGCAACUGAAGUAAUCUGUUCUCGAACCCCUUCCCAGAUUCAGGUAUUCAAGCAGCAUUACCAUGCAAAAUUUGGCGUUCACCUUGAACAUGAUAUCAACUUGUACACAUCAGGUGACCAUAAAAAGCUCUUGCUUGCAUAUGCAAACACUCCUCGCUAUGAAGGCCGGGAAGUUGAUAAUGUGAUGGCUCAGGAUGACGCAAAGACUCUUUAUAAAGCUGGAGAGAAGAAAUUGGGAACUGAUGAGAAGACCUUCAUCCGCGUAUUUAGCGAACGAAGUGGAGCACAUUUAGCUGCAGUUGAUUAUGCUUAUCAUAACAUGUACGGGAAAUCUCUGAAAAAGGUUAUAAAGGGUGAAACAUCAGGACAUUUCAAGCAUGCUCUAUUGACAAUUUUGCAAUGCUCAGAAAAUCCUGCAAAGUACUUUGCAAAGAUUUAUCUUUCACAGGUGCUGCGCAAGGCAAUGAAAGGCCUAGGUACUAAUGAUACCACACUGAUAAGGGUAAUUGUUACAAGGACCGAGAUUGAUAUGCAAUAUAUAAAAGCUGAAUACCUGAAGAAAUACAAAAAGACAUUGAAUGAUGCUGUUCACUCGGAAACAUCAGGCCAUUAUCGGACAUUCCUACUUUCCCUUUUGGGACCCAACCAAUAGCUGAAAUGUGACAUGUGUCUCAGAAAUUUACAAUGAAUGAGGUAAUGUAAUAGUGUAAAUGUUUUUCAUUGUGAACUUUAUUUUGUAUAGAUAUUAUGUUUGUGAAGUAGAGGGCAACAGUUUGGGGUUGGUUGCUUGAUGCAUGAGAAGUGGUUGGUGGAAAAGGACGUGGAUUUCAACCUUGGCCUCCUGCACUCCAAGCCAUUAACCAACUAGUUGUGAUGUAUAGUAUGUGCUCAAAAUCAAUGAAUUUAUUUUUCAACUAUAAUUUACAGUUGGUCAUGUUGAAUCUAUUAGGGGUGUUUAAUUGUUUCAGAAAGUGAAUGCCAUAUGGCUAGGCAACUCAACUUGGACAAGUAUGUUCUGGGUAGGCUAGAGAAUGUAUUGGAGAAAGAUGAUUUGCCUCAGAAAGUUAAAUUUCAAGUAGUCUCUUUUACAAUCA